GUGGGCAGGCAGUCGCUGCCGCAUCCAUGUCCCGGCGAGCAGCAUGACGGCGGCGAAUGCGAGCGGCGGGCUGGCCAACUUCACCGAGGAGGCCCCCGGCGAUGAGUCGUGGGAAAGUGUGGUGAAGCUGGUGCUCAAAACGCUAGCCCUUGUCACCAUCAUCUCAUCGGCAGUGUUCGGCAACCUGCUCGUCGUGACGUCGGUGAUUCGGCACCAUAAGCUACGGAUCACCACGAACUACUUCAUUGUGUCGCUAGCGCUGGCGGACACCCUAGUGGCUCUGUUUGCUAUGACGUUUAACGCGUCGGUGACUAUCUCUGGACGGUGGCUGUUCAACCAGACGGUGUGCGACUUUUGGAACUCGUGCGACGUGCUCUUCAGCACAGCGUCUAUUAUGCACCUAUGCUGCAUCAGUGUGGAUCGGUACUACGCUAUCAUCAAACCCCUUGAGUACCCGACCAAGAUCACGGGGCGCACCGUAGCCAUCAUGCUAACGUGUGCCUGGGUGAGCUCCGGGCUCAUCUCCUUCAUCCCCAUCUUUCUGGGCUGGUACACGACAGAUGAGCAUCUUCUCUACAUAGUGAACCACCCGAACGAGUGCAUCUUUAAAGUGAACAAGCCGUAUUCUAUAAUAUCGAGCAGCGUGUCUUUCUGGAUCCCAUGCUGCAUCAUGCUGUUCACCUACUGGCGCAUCUACGUCGAGGCCACACGUCAAGAGAAGAUGCUUUGCAAAUCGCAGAUGGGGCCCGGGAUGCUGGGCCGAAACUCGACGGACCACUCCGUGCCCAACGUACACGCGCCCCCGCACCGCAAUUCGCACGGUGAUGACCCAGAGAGCGGCCAGUCUACGCCCACCAAGAGGACCAUCAACAAGAUGAAGCGCGAGCACAAAGCCGCCAAGACACUCGGCAUCAUCAUGGGCGCCUUCAUCCUGUGCUGGCUGCCCUUCUUCCUGUGGUACGUGUCGAUCACCAUGUGCGGCGACGCCUGUCCAUGUCCCGAUGUCGUCGUCGAUCUCCUCUUCUGGAUCGGAUACCUCAACUCCUCGCUCAACCCAGUCAUCUACGCCUACUUCAACAGAGAAUUUCGUCAGGCCUUCAAGGAGACCCUUCAGGCCAUCUUCUGCUCAUACUGCCACCCAUGUAGUAACCGUAGAUGGCAGAACAUGCGCUUGUCGUCGCUGCAGAGUACCGAGAUUUGAACAGCCUGGCGGUGAAGUAUGUGACCGAAAAUUAUAGGACUAACACGGUCGUGCCCUCGCCUGCACAAGUGCGCCGCCCAAUGCUCGUCCACACAAGUCCUAAAGCGGUGCCGGUUCUGCGUGGACUGAGGUUCACGUCCGCAACCAAGCCUUCCACGGAAGCAGUCCACUGCGCUUCGACUGUUGAAGGCGCAUCCUGCAACGAGACCUUCGACCAGGACGCGGCCGUUCCACCGAGACCCCGAGCUAGUCACCAUCCACUCCGAAGGCAGUCGUGGUGCCUAAGACUAGAUUUCAUUCAGCGAGGAUCAUCCACGAAGCGAGAUGCGAAGCUCUUCACUUCGCUCGCGGAUUAUGCGCGUGUGUGUGCGCGCGUGUGUUUCGAACUCUGUCUGGAAGCAGUGAAGAAAACAAUGCACGCGCAUAUUGGGACAGGCCGACAAUGGCUUCUAUUGCCCACAGGUAAACAUAUCACGAAGACGACAGUGAAAACCGCCAGUGAAACAGCGGUACAAACAACGUCCGAGUUCUAGUUCAAAGAGUGGACAUGAUCCAUGUCCUCACGUUUGCAAAGGCGACAGUGUGUGUUAAGUUUGAGCAACGUACUACUUUUGUUAGACCUCCCACCCUCUGAUGAUGUGGUGCUUGAUUGGUUGUCCUGGUUGUGAAGACAGUGGCUAACUUGAAGGCAAAGAUUCGAUGCGUUCAAGGAAUCUCGAGUUACCUGUAAAACGGCCCAGAUGGGAUGUACAAGAGUGUCUAAGAGUAACAAGACCACUCGUGGCUUCUUGUUAGUGAGUGACAUGCAAGGCACUGUCACAUUGUUGACAGAAUUCGUACGGGACAAUCUUUGGUGACUGAUUCGUUACAUUACCAUGACCGACUCUUGUUUCCCAAAUACGCGUUAUAUCUCAAAGUUGAAAUCUUGCUAAGGGAUCUUUGAUUCUUAGACAUCCUUCUAUUUCAAUUCAGUUCAAUUCAAUUCAGUUUUAUUAUUAGUUAUGCCAUACACAGUAUACAGUUGGGGCCCCGUAGUAUUACCUGCAUAGGCAUUAUAAUAAGAGGAAAAUGAUCGGAUAUGCCACGCCAGUUGCCCGGCAAUUUGGUAUUGUUCAGUGUUCUCCUCUGCGCCUUGCAUACAGGAGACCCAACGUGUCUAAAACACAAGAUUCUAAAAAGGGAGAGGUCCUAAAAAUGUGUGCCAUAACGCAGUUAGUAGUCAAAAUUAAGCGCACGCAUGAGAUGAAGAGACUUUUUCGUUUUUCUUCGCUUUUAUUAUUAUUAUUAUUUUUUUUUUGUAGAAGCAUCUCUUCGCUCUAUGUUCCGUUAAAUAAAGUACUACUCCCUGCUGCUGGCACACACACACACACACACACACACACAAAAUCUUCACACCUCCCAGACGCCAGCAUUGCGUGAAAGGCAAAAGUGCACUAUCAGCCACCGGGCAGGUUGUGCUGGUAUCGAUCGCAUCAUAACAACCUACUCUUCCUCGGGAAAGAAAAACAAAAAAAAAAAAAAAACAGCAGAAUGGGCGUUCAAAAUACUUUCCAGAUUAAAAUGACAUAAUUUCAACGUCUAACUUAAUAAUCGCGAGAAAACUUCGCAAGAAUGCAUAACAUUUCCAUGGUUCCUCUCACAAGAAAAUUCCUCAGUUAACUUCAGUUAGAAAGAAACGCGGCACGAUGGCUGCACCGGAUGGCCGCACCGACUGCUAUUGGAACAUGAUGAUGUUUUUCAUUCAGGUAGAAGAUGUAUGUACCUAUUUUCCGAAUAUCUGAUAUAUCAAGAACGAGUCCAGCUACUGAUAUUGUCCUCUAUUUCUACUAACAUAUAGGUGUGCCCAACUGUUCCUACAUCCCAUCUCUCGCGUGACCCGCAUAUAUGUGUCGGCAUGUGCAACAACUUACGUGUUUUGAAUUAAUGAUGAAUAUAGUGGCCCAAUUUUUAUUCAGUUCAAUAUGGUUUCCAAAAUCAUCACACUACCGUACAUAUUCUAAAAGUCACUUUUACCACCCCUUCCCGAGCGACAUAAAAUUGCCAUUCGAGAUAGAAAUAAAACAUCGCGCAGAUUUUCCUCAACUGUAAAUUGUCAAGCGGGUGAAACUUGAAAUUCGUAAAUAGACUUCGACACUUUAAACCGGCCGUUACAUACAAGCUGGCAAAUAUGCGCUUCGUGAUAACAGGUGUUUCUAACACCGCAAGGUCAAUAAAACGUCCCAAAAACUG